AUGUCAUCAGUGAAGAAAUAUCUUAAGUCUGCAAAAGCAGCACUAGAAUCCAAUGAUCCAUUAUUGGCAUUGGAACAUGCUGGUGACGCAUUAGAAGAAGAUCCAAAUUGUUAUUUUGCUCAUGUAUUUCAAGGUAAAUCCUAUCAAUUAUUAAGAGAUAUCCCUAAAGCUAUUGCAGCAUUUCAAAAAGCUGCUGAAAUUGAACCAGAUUAUUUGUUAGCAUGGAAAGGUUAUUUUCAAGUGGUUAGGACUACAGAUGAUUAUAAAUUAUUUUUUAAUGUACUCACUAAUGUAAUCAGAGUACAAAUAAAUCAAGAACAAUCUAUAGCAGAAACGUUACGUGAUAUGAGGAAUUAUUUGGAUACUCAAAAAUAUAAAAGUAAUGAUAAAUUAUAUGAAUAUUAUUUGCAAUCGAUCUUACCAGGAACUGAAUUGGGUGAUUUAGUGGGAACUGCUAUUGAACCAACAGAUGUUACAGUUAAAAAAUUAUUAGACUUCAAAAUUACAAGUACUGAAAAGACAGUUGCAAAUAGAAUAUCUAAAGAAAGAGUCAAGUUUGGAAGAGCCAUGACUGUUGAUCAGAAAUCCAAAUUAGAUUCGAUUGCUUGGUCAUAUUAUGAAGAUGGAUCCAUUAUUAAAUUGUUUGAAUUGUUUCUUAAUUCCUGUGAUGAUGAUGGAUUAAGAAGAAAAUAUGAAGAGAAACUUUUGAAAUUCAAAUAUGAACAAUUGAAAAUUUGUCCUGAUAAACAAGUAAUGUAUAAAGAUAUCAAACAACAAAUGGAAGAUAUGAUUUUAGUCAAUACUCAGAGUUUGUUUUGUUGGAAUUUGUACUUUGAUUGGUGUGAUGCAAAGACUAUUAAUGAUCUUGAUGAAAAUAAAAUCAUUCAAUAUUUGCAAAUUUUCCAAAAUGAAGGGUUAGGUUUGAUAUUGUUUGCCUUUGUAAUGAGUGAUAUUUCACCUUAUAACAAAGAAAAAAUCAUUAAGGGGUUGUCUGCCAAUGAAUUGACUAAAGGAAAGGAUAAAUCUGACACGAUUGAUGUUGAAGAUGAAGAAGAUGCUAAAGUUUUAGAAGACCUUGAAGAUGUUGAACAACAAGAAGAAGAGAAUAUGUCUCAGUAUUAUUUGCCACAGAAUGAAGUUUUGGGAUUGAUAUUAGAUGGCUAUAGUAAAGCCAAGAAUUCAAUCCUAGCUGGUAGAAUUAUAGUGAAUUACUAUAUUUACUUAAGGCAAUAUAAUGAAGCUUCCGAGAAAAGUCGAGAAGGAAUCAGAGCAUUGGCUGAUGUUCAAAGAACAUUUGGUAUCGAUUUGAUCAAUACUAAGGAAGAUUUAUUAUGUUCACUUGCUAUUGUCUAUACAUAUUACGAAGCUCCAAAGAAUUACAGUCGAGCUGUUCAACUUUAUGAGAAAAUUUUAGAAUCUGAUCCAAAGAAUGUUAAGGCUCAAGUUGGUAAAGGUUUAAUUUAUGCUGAAAGAGGGGAAUUACAGGAAGCUAGGAAUAUUUUGGAAACUGUUGUUCAAGAAUAUCCUGAUAAUAUGGAGGCUGAAUCUGAAUACUAUUGGUGUUUAAUCAGACUUGGUGAACAUAAAGAAGGUCGUGAAGGUUUGACUAAGUUUUUGAGUAAAGUUACUGGUGGUGAUUUACAAAGCAAAGAAACCAGAGCUGUUGCUUAUUGGAGAUUAGCAAAGAGUUUCAUUAUGGAAGACGAUUCUGACAAGAAUAAUAUCAAGGAAUGUUACAGUAACUUGGUUUUAUCACUUAAGGAUUCUGAUGUUUAUGCACCAUCAUAUACUCUUCUUGGGGUAUUAUUCCAGGAUUUCUAUGGUGAUGUUGAAAGAGCUCAAAAAUGUUUCUUCAAAGCGUUUGAUUUGGAUAUCAAUGAAAUUGUUGCUGCAAGAUAUUUGGUGGAACAAGCAACUGCUAAGAAUGAAUGGGAAGUUGCACAAGUCUUGGCCAAACGUGUUGUCACCAAUGAUAGUUCAAGACGAUUAUUAAUGCGUGAAGGUGUCAAGGGGGAUAAAUCUUGGCCAUAUCGUGUUUUAGGUUGUGGGGCUUUGAAUAUCCAAGAUGAUGCCAAAGCCAUUGAAUGGUUUCAAAAUGCCCUUCGUUUAGAUGCCAAUGAUUUUGAAUGUUGGGUUGGUCUUGGUGAAGCUUAUUAUAAUUGUGGUAGAUAUGAUGCAGCAGCUAAAGUUUUCAAUCAUGCAUUGACUAUUAAACAAGAUCAGUGGACCGUGAAGUAUAUGUUGGGUGUUGUCACAUGUGAAAUGAAGGAGUAUAACGAAGGGUUGACAUAUUUGUAUGAAGCAUUGGAAUCUAAACCAAAUGAAGAAUGUAUCAUUAGUGCUAUCUAUGAAGCAAAUAUUGAAAAUACCCAUCGUUUUGUCCAAUCUGGUUUCUUUGGUAGAGCAAUUAACGCUGAUUUGAAAGCCAUUUCUUUUAUUAAACAAUCUCUUGCUGUUAAUACUUCAUCCCAAAAAGCCUGGAAAUCUUUAGGUGAAGCAUUGAAAGUGUUUACUAAAAUCCAAGAGCACAUUGAUGAAUUGCCAGUUGAUGACAUUUUUGAUAUUUUCAAAGAAGCAGGAAUAGAUAACGAAGAGUUUGAUAUUGGAGAAAUCACCCUUGAUGGAUGUAUUAAUUUAAGCAAUGCCAAAGAUUUGUAUUCAAAAGGUGAUAAAAUUAGCUCGUUGUUAAUACUUAUCAUUCUUGCUGCUGUUGCUGGUGUUAAGUACUUACCAUCAAAGGCAAAUAAAUUAUUACGUGCAACUGCAUACUACAAUUUGGGUUUGUCGUUAUUAGAAGCCUUCCAAAUUCAACAUACUGAAUCAUUCAGAGAUUUGUCGAUUUUAUUAUUCAAGAAAUCUGUUCAACUUGAACUGAAUAAUGCCAACUAUUGGAUUGCUUUGGGUAAUGCUUAUUUCUCAAGUAAUCCACAAAUUGCACAACAUUGUUAUAUCAAAGCUACCACUUUGGAAGUCAAAGAUGCCGAGAUUUGGGUCAAUUUGGCAUCUUUAUUCUUACGUUAUGGUGAUACUGAAUUGUCCCAAGAAACAUUCUUGAGAGCCCAAUCUGUGGCACCACAAGAUGCACAAUCAUGGUUGGGAAAUGCUGUUGCCGCAGAUAUUUUAGGAGAUGAUGCAAAAGCAUCUAAUUAUUAUACACAUGCAUUUACCUUAUCUAAAGGAAGAUUAGCAUUAGCACAAUUCUUAUAUGGGUUAUCUGUUAUUAACAAGAGUAAAGAUAGUGAUGCUCGUAAUAUUGAAACUGCUCAAGAGUUUAGUAUAAGUAAUCAAGCUAUGCAACAAUAUCUCAAGUAUUAUCCAGAAGAUGAAGCUGGUUUAAGCAUUGCAUUAUCAAUUGCUGAAAGAUGUAAAGAUUUUGAACUGGCGAUUAAAUUAGGUCUCAAAUUGAGUGAAUUGUAUGAAAAACAAUAUGAACAAACUGAAAGUGAAUUAGUAUUACAAAAAUUUGCACAAGUUAAAUCACAGUUGGCAAGAAUUUAUCUUGGUUUAGGAGAUUAUGAACAAUCUUUAGAUAAUGGACAAAUGGCAUUACAAUUACAUGAAACACCAGAAAUUUUAUUAUCUUGUAAAAUCACUAUGGGACUUGCAUAUUUCUUUUUGGAUGAUUUCAGUAGUGCAUUAGGUGAAUUGAAAAUUGUUUUAGGAGAAUAUAGUCAAUCAUCAAGAAUUGUUAGUUUAAUUUCUCAAGUAUUGUAUGCUGAAGGGACAGAAGAAACUAAACAAGCAGCAAUUGAUCAAUUAUUUGCACAUAUUGAAGAAUAUGGAUCAUCAUUAUUGGUUGUUUUAACAUUAGGUGCUAUUUCAUUAGUUGAUGAAUUAGAUGAUUAUUUACCUGCCAUUAAAGAUGAAUUGGCAUCAUUAGGAUUAAAUGAAAUUUCAAAUGAUACUCAUAGAGAAGUACCUCGAUUGUUAAAUGAAAUCAAUAAAAGAUUAGGUGAUGAAAGUGAUCAAGUUUGGUUAAGAUAUGCUUAUUUGUUCCCAUUUGAUUUUAAUAUUUGGAAAAAUGUUAAUAAUACUAUGGCUAAACAAGUUAUUUCAUUACAUGAUGUUAAAGUUAAUGGUUUACAAUAUUCAGAUGCCUUGUUAAAGAAUGGUCAACUUAGAGAUAUCCAACGUAGUUUAUUGUUGAAUCCAGGUAAUUUACAAGCUUUGGAGGCAUUAGAAAUGUGUUUUUAG